AUGAGGCAGUUCCUCUCUCCAACCACCCUUCUCCUGGUGGUUCUGCUCUUCCCAGGAUUGUCCAGGGUCACGAAUGCUAACCAGCAGGACACCGAGGGUCCCAGGGGACCAGAGGAAGGGUCUCACCCGUCACGCCACCAAGUAGAACGCCACCUCUUACCUCGCACGCCCCCCUUCCCGGACGUUGAACCAGAUUUCAAAGUUGUCAACUGCAAGAGAGGCGAUGGCAGAUGUCAAAAAUAUUGUAAUUAUAUGGAACUACAACUAGGCUAUUGCUCUAAAAAGAAAGAUGCCUGCUGUUUACCUCAAAACUGAGCUUGUUGUCAUAAAAGCCAAAGCUUUGUCCACUCCCUGUUCUCCUGGGCCAUCAAUCCAGAUGCGGGUGUUUUGGAGAAGGAGCUGAGCAGAGAGGAGGUGAGGCUUGGUCAUCUGCACCUGACAGUCUAAACAUCCUACUGCAGCAAAAGAAAAGUCAAAAACUGCUAUACGUGAUCUUUUGGUGUGAUCUUAGAGAAAGUGACUUAGCUUGAGAUGUACAAUACCUUCCAAAUCACACAAUGUUUACUGGUAGAUAUGGAUGUAAUAAACUUUUAUAGGACAGCAUUCAAGUCAUUUGUUCUUUUAUUUUAAAAAUAUUUUUUGAGUACCUACUUUUGUUCUAGACACUGAGAAAUGUAAUGAACUGAAACUGUGGCUAUAUGAGGAGAAGAACAUCUCAAUACAUAAAAACAACAAAAUGCUGCAUAUUUUAAAAUAUGAGUAUAUCCAAAAUGUGGGGAGGACGAAUAUGAGAGAAUUAAGAAAGGAUUCCUGGGGAUAUUUGAGCAGGAUUUUGGAGGAUGAUUAGGAGUUUCUUAAGUGAAAGAGAGAAGCAGAGAUUUUUCAGGCAAAGAGUACAGUUUGUAGGAAGUCAUGGAAACAUGAAAGAAUGAUUUGCUAAGAAAAUGGGGAGAAGCUCAACAUAACCACAAAGGAGAGGGACUAAUUACAAGUACCAAAAGAGGAGGGUGCAGGAAAAUGGUGUGAAGUUGUCAGAAAACAAAUAUUACGCUAAAGACCUCGGAGGGCUAAACAAGAGAAGGUUACCAGGUGUGCCAGGGGAGUGAACGUAAUCAUACUUGAGUGUUAGGAUGUUCAUUCUAACAAAAGAAUUGGGGAUGGACUGACAAUGUGUGAGACCAGAGGCAGGAAGGUAAGAGAUGACUGGGACAGUGAAGGCCGAGGAUGUGGUCAGUGGCUGAGGCAGUGACAGAGGCUCUGAAGAGGGAACAAUUAAGGGGCUUCUGCAGGGGCUGAGGUUACAAGUCUGGUGACGGAGGAGAAGGAAAGGCACGGGGUGGGGGAGGGUCCUGGGGACCAGGCGACGCCCGGGACGUGGGGAGGAGGAGGAGCACGGGGUGGGGCUAGACCGGUCUGGGGGA